CGAUGUUGCACAAGCCUUUGAUUCUCCGUCGUGGCUAGCAAGUCAGUUGCCGGUGGGUUCGGAAACGAGCCACUCUCGUUGCGUGUCCGGGUACCAGUCCCUUUUGAUUUCGCGAGCUUCUUCGAUGACAGCGUAAUCGCGUUUUGCAUUAAAGGAUCUGUCGAUGAUUCAAAAGGAUCUUUAUGUAUCGUGACGAAAUACAAAAAAGUGCAUCCAAUUGAUAACUGGACAGCGUGUGAUUUCAUAGAACCGAUUGAAGUGCAUAGACAAAAUGGAGGCUGCCAGUGGGACCACACCAGCAUCGGUUGCGUCAUUGGAACUAAAAACAAGAAGAGCUCAAUUUCAACCUCAAACCUCGACUGUUGCUACAAGACGGAGACAAGCAGUUUGCGUCCGGAGGGCUUUCAAAAAAUAUGGUCCCAAGAGCAAUCCAAACAUUAUUCUUGAUGGACUUAAUAUGACUGUACCAAAGGGUACAAUUUACGGGCUGCUGGGUGCUAGCGGUUGCGGAAAGACGACGUUGCUCUCUUGCAUUGUGGGACGAAGACGCUUAAAUUCGGGUGAAAUUUGGGUUUUGGGGGGUCGGCCUGGAUCGAAGGGAUCUGGUGUACCUGGACCACGAGUGGGUUACAUGCCGCAAGAAAUUGCCUUAUACGGAGAAUUCUCUAUACGAGAAACGUUUCUUUUCUUUGGGUGGUGCGCUGGUAUGACUACGAGCGAGAUUGAUGAAAGAUUGGAAUUUUUGUUGAAGUUAUUGCAAUUGCCGUCUGAGAAUCGAUUUGUCAAAAAUCUUUCGGGUGGUCAGCAGAGAAGAGUUUCAUUUGCUUCAGCUUUAUUGGCAGAUCCUGAAUUAUUGAUUCUCGACGAACCCACCGUGGGGGUUGAUCCUGUUCUUCGUCAGAGCAUCUGGGAUCAUUUGGUAAACAUAACCAAAGAUGGAAAUAAAACCAUCAUUAUCACUACGCAUUAUAUUGAAGAAACCAGACAGGCUGGUAUCAUUGGACUCAUGAGGAGUGGUAAAUUCCUUGCUGAGGAAUCGCCUACGAAAUUGAUGGCACUUCAUGGGUUGGACACGUUGGAGGAAGUUUUCUUGAAACUGAGUAAACGACAGAAUAUGGGACUUAGACGGAGAAGUAGUAUCCUCAGUAGUGUCACUGGAGUACCACCGGAAGUUGACAUCGACGACGAGAUGAGUGGAGAAUUUGGUGACAACGUUAGCAUCUCUAGCCGUAGAAGAAGCGUAGCUGUUACGGACGACGAGCAUGUGCCUGAGUUGCCACCCGAAGAGAAAGGCGGCAAUUCGACAUUCAAAAUGAUGGAUCCGCAACAUAUGAAAGCGUUGAUAUGGAAAAAUUUCUUGUGGAUGUGGAGAAACGUUGGCAUAAUGGCGUUCAUUAUCGGUUUACCAGUAGUGCAGAUCAUACUCUUCUGCUUGUCUAUUGGCAAAGAUCCUGUUGGAUUGAAAUUGGCGAUUGUUAAUAAUGAAUUAAAUAACAGCAUGGAACACUGCGUGCCUACCGUCGGUUGUGACACUUCGAGAUUAAGUUGUCGUUUUUUGAAACAUCUUGAAAAAAGGACUGUGGUGUUUUUGCCUUACGACACGGCGGAAGAAGCGAAAUAUGCUGUAACGAGAGGCUGGGCUUGGGGCGCCAUUAAUUUUCCAGCAAAUUAUUCAGAUUCUCUCAUGGAGAGAAUUGAACUGGGCAAAGACGUCGACGAUUAUAGUUUACUGUACUCUGAUAUGAAUGUUUCUAUGGAUAUGUCCAAUCAACAAAUUGGCCAAUUGCUUCAACGUGAUUUAUUGUACUCUUACCAGGAUUUUGCACGGGAGGUUAUUGUGGCCUGUAACUAUAGUUCAAAAUUAGCAAGCCUUCCACUUGAUUUCAAAACACCGAUUUAUGGAACGGAACAACCUAAUUUCACGGACUUUGCUGCUCCGGGAAUUAUCCUUACAAUUAUUUUCUUCCUCUCUGUGGCAUUGACGUCCGGUGCUAUGUUGCUUGAAAGAAACGAAGGUCUCUUAGAGAGAAGUUUGGUAUCAGGCAUAACUGGAACUGAAAUCUUGUUCGGUCAAGUCGUUACACAGUUUGUAGUAAUGAUUGGUCAAACCGUAAUGGUCCUGAUAUUUGCAUUUGCUGUAUUCAAAAUAACUUGCGAAGGUGACAUAGGAUGGGUUACAACAUUAACAAUUCUAACAGGAUUGUGUGGCAUGUGUUUUGAAAUUGUUUUGUUCAGGAUUCGUCGUGGCCUGUUCCUGCGAGAACGAAAGGAGUGCUACAUACAUGGCAAUGGGUUCCUUCUUACCAAUUGUUAUGCUCUGUGGAAUUAUUUGGCCAGUUGAAGGAAUGCAUCCUGUUGUACGAUAUAUUAGCUUUGUUUUACCACUGACAAAAAGCACAGAAUCCAUCAGGGCAAUGCUUGCCAGAGGAUGGUCUAUAACGGAACCAGCUGUAUAUAACGGAUUCAUUGCCACGUUUAUUUGGAUCAUUGUGUUCCAGACUAUUGCAAUUUUAUUGCUUAAAUUUAAGAAGGGAUAACGAGAUUUUCAUCUCAGAAUAUAUGGAGUAGAAUUUUAUGAAUCAAAAGGUUGUGGCCAUUUUGGGAGGUUUGAUUGUACGCGAAUAAUUAUUUUUAACUUGAUUUUGUUCUCGUCGAUAAACUUCACAAAUGGCAUUUGCACAGCUUGUCCCUUAGGAUGCUACGUUACGCGGGACAAUUAUGAAACUAUUUUUUAAUCGGUUACUUUUUUCCUGCGCUAAGCGUCGUCUGCAAUUUUAUUGGAUUCUAUUGUUCUUGAAUGUUUUAAAUGUUUGGCGGAUACUGUACGAAAUUUAAUUGACUCUUUGAUUACUUUUUCCCGUGGAUAUUGCGGAUAAUAAUCUACGUUCUAAUGUUGAUUCUUUCAUUUGAUACAUAUCGUAAUUUCAUUCGGAAGAAUGUGGUUAUUUAUUUUUUUUAACUUUUUACAAAAAUGAGGGAAACAUCUCUGGACGAAGAAGAAGAAACUAAAGGCAAUACCGAUGAAAUAAAUAUUUGUACGGUGUUUAUUAUAUGAAAUAAGAAGGUUCAAUGUUAAUAGAGUUGUCAAGGUUUAACUUGAUAGUCUGAAUAUUGAAAAUUGAUCAAACUUUUUACCUAAAUAUAUUUUAUUUUAAAAUUC